UUCACCAAGGAAAAUGGAUCCCCCCUCCCACCUUUUAUACGGUCGUAGGAAUAUGUACUCCAUUAAUGAAAGCCAGCGUCUUUCUUUUUCUCUCCCCAUCCACUUCGAUUCAACCGCAUCAAAUUCCAACCUCAACUAACCAAUUUUCUUCAUUCCCACUACUACUACUACUACAGUAUUAUAUCCUACCAGAAUCCCUAGAAAUUCGGCUCUUUAAUUAAUCGUCUCGUCUCGUCUCGUCUCGUCUAUCACUCACGCCCCGCCCCGCCCCACCCCGUCAUGAACGAAGACGACGGACCUCUAUCAUCGGUCGCUUCUCUCAACCUGCAGGACCUGAAGAUCACCGCCGCUCUCGGCCGCGGAGCUAAAGGCGUGGUGUUCCUGGUCCAAACUCAGGACGGUGAACUGCUGGCACUCAAGGCAAUCUCGCGCGCUUCCGUAGAGAAGAAGAAGCUCGCUAGCGGCGGCGGCGGCGGCAAUGGAAGCGAGUACAGAAGAAUUUGGUUCGAACGCCAAGUACUGAGCUCCUUCCAAAACCUUCUUCUCCCGAAGCUCCGCGGAGUGGUUUCCACGCAGAAAAUCGUCGGUUACGCCAUUGAUUACUGUCCCGGAGGCGAUCUAAACACUUUGAGAAAGAAGCAAACGGAAAAUAUAUUCUCUGGUGAUAUCAUUAGAUUCUAUGCAGCGGAGUUAGUACUGGUAUUGGAGUAUCUUCACGGAUUAGGAAUUGUGUACAGAGAUUUGAAACCAGAAAAUGUGAUGAUUCAGGAGAAUGGUCAUAUAAUGCUGAUCGAUUUCGAUCUCUCCACAAAACUAUCUCCCAAAUCUUCUGAAACUCCACCUCCUCCUCCCAAAUCUGAGCCGCCACGGGCGGAGAAGACACGGAAGAAGCUUCCUUCCUGGUACAUGCUAUGCAGGUCAGGAAUCUCGCCGGAGGAGGACUCAGUACAUCCGUGCUUAAGCUCGGCGAGUUCCCCCUCGAGAUCCGACUCCGUCGAGAAGUCGAAUUCCUUCGUCGGGACCGAAGAGUACGUGGCGCCGGAGGUCAUACUAGGGAACGGCCACGAUUUCUCCGUCGACUGGUGGUGUCUAGGCGUGAUGUUAUACGAAAUGCUGUACGGCACGACGCCGUUUAAAGGCUCGAAUCGGAAGGAAACGUUCUAUCGGAUACUGUCAAAGGAGCCGGACCUGGUCGGAGAACCGACUGCGCUGAGGAAUCUAAUCGGAAAGUUGCUGGAGAAGGACCCCGAUCAGAGGAUCUCCGGUGAGGAAAUCAAGGGCCAUGAGUUUUUCCGAGGCGUUGAUUGGGACGGGAUUGUGCGAAUGGCGAGGCCGCCGUUUAUUCCGGUGACGGCCACUGGGGAUACGGAUGGGAAUAAACAGAUUGACGUGGAGUCUUUCGUACAAGACGCUUUCAAACUUAGCGGGGAUGAGGAAGUUGGACACAAAACUGAUAAUAAUAAUAAUUGUAAUUUUCUCAAAAUUAAGGAAUUUUGCGAUCCCAGCCACACCCAAAACCACAAUUUUUUUAUCUUUUAAAACACCUUAAUUAUCAUCUACCCACAUUAAUAAAUUAUUAAUUCUUCCAAAAGGCUGAACCACAUAGGCACAUUUGGGACUACCGCUGGUGAGACUUGACCCAGGGUCAUUCUUCUAAAGUUUCACCUCUAUGACCAGU